AUGUCGAUCCUCAAGGUGGUUGAGGACAGGCCGACGCCAAAGUCUGUCUACAAUUGGAGGAUAUACCUUCUGGCAGCCGUUGCCUCGUUCACAUCGUGCAUGAUUGGAUAUGACAGUGCCUUCAUUGGUACUACGCUGGCACUCGACUCUUUCAAAAAGGAGUUCCAUUUCGAUACCAUGUCCUCUUCAAGCCAGAACUUGAUCAACUCCAACAUCGUCUCAUUGUAUCAAGCAGGCGCCUUUUUCGGCGCUUUGUUUGCCUAUCCGGUCGGCCACUUUUGGGGCCGACGAAUUGGUCUGCUUACUUCCGCGGUGGUAUUUUUGCUUGGUGCUGGCAUCAUGCUCGGCGCGAAUGGUUCCCGCGGUAUAGGGUUGAUCUACGCGGGACGAGUCCUGGCCGGCGUGGGAGUUGGUGCUGGUUCAAAUAUCACGCCCAUUUACAUCUCCGAACUGGCACCUCCAGCAAUUCGUGGCCGCCUGGUUGGUGUGUACGAGUUAGGCUGGCAGUUGGGCGGACUGGUUGGGUUCUGGAUCAACUAUGGUGUCUCGGAAACUUUACCAGCUACCCAUGAGCAGUGGAUCAUUCCAUUUGCUGUGCAACUCAUCCCUGCAGGCCUCCUCCUGAUAGGCGCAGUGUUUCUCCGCGAGUCGCCUCGCUGGCUCUUCUCGCGUGGUCAUCGUGACAAGGCCAUUGCGAAUCUUUGCUGGAUUCGCCAAUUGGCCGAGAAUGACAUUUACGUCCUUGAAGAAAUUGCUGCAAUCGAUCAAGCCCUGGAGGAGCAGCGGUCGACGAUCGGCACUGGCUUCUGGAAGCCUUUCAAAGCCGCAGGUACCAAUAAACGUGUCAUGUGGCGCCUGUUCUUGGGUAGUAUGCUGUUCUUCUGGCAAAAUGGCUCCGGGAUCAAUGCGAUCAAUUACUAUUCCGUCACUGUCUUCAAGAGUAUUGGUAUCACUGGUACCAAUACCGGCCUUCUGACUACCGGUAUCUUCGGUGUCGUCAAAACCGUCUUUACCUUCGUCUGGCUGCUUUAUCUGAUUGAUCGUGUUGGUCGUCGUAACCUUCUUCUGAUUGGUGCCGCUGGUGGCUCUGUCUGCUUGUGGAUUGUCGGUGCCUACAUCAAGAUCGCCCAGCCGGUCGAGCAUCCAAAGGACCACUUGGAAAGUGGUGGUAUUGCGGCGGUUUUCUUCUUCUAUCUUUGGACAGUAUUUUAUACUCCGACCUGGAAUGGUACCCCAUGGGUUCUCAAUUCGGAAAUGUUCGAUUCCAACAUGCGGUCACUGGCUCAAGCCUUUGCCGCUGCUUCCAAUUGGUUGUGGAAUUUCCUCGUCUCGCGCUUCACUCCGCAAAUGUUUGCAACGAUGGACUACGGAGUGUACUUCUUCUUCGCCUCGCUGAUGAUCUGCUCCAUCUUCUUCGUGUUCUUCCUUAUUCCUGAAACCAAAGGUAUCCCCCUCGAAAGCAUGGAUCGCUUGUUCGCCACCAAACCGAUCUGGCGAGCGCACGCUCAUGUGGUUGCCACUUUGCGCGAGGAUGAGGAGCAAUUCCGCCAGGACGUCAUGGAGUCCAACCUUGCGGAGAGGAAGCUUGGUCUUGAACAGAUUGAGGAUACUGCUGUUCAGCAGCCGAAAAGUUCUUGA